CGCCCACCCCUCAAUCAAAGCUAUCUUCCGGGUCCCUCCUUCAACCCCUUUUCCCGCCAAUGGGAUGGGCGUUCCCCCGCAGGGAAGUCUUGGGGCCUAUGGCUGUCGCUUUUAACUUCUGCGCAAGAGAUAGAACGAGAGAAGUUUAGUUCCCACUCGAUCGUUCAGAACAAGCACGCCAAAGAAAUCGGGUUAUCCCUCACAAAAUAAUUGAACGCAUAUGGCUGCGGCCGGAUAGGAACCGGAAACGAGCGGCUGUAUUCCUGACCCCCUAUCUCGAAGUUCGUGAGCGCAUGCGCUCACAGGUGCCUCUCUUUCUGCCUCUGCGCCUGGACUGUAGAUAGUAGAGCCUGUGGAGCGCGGUGGUUCUGAAGGGAGGAGAAGAGGGCUCCGGUUCUAAGGAGGUGUUAUGGCGGCUGCGCUGUUAGUCCGCGUGUUGUCGGCUCUGCCUGGAUCGCGUCACGUUCUCAGGUGCAGUCCUGCUUGCACAGUGGAGAAAUGGUUUUCAAAACAGAUUAGUUCAGAUAACUGUCCAAAGUAUCCAUUGACGGCAUACAUUCGCUUUUAUAAAGAAUACCAACCCCUUUAUAGGAAACAAAAUCCAGACAUAAGUAUUUUGGAUGUUACAAGAAUGGUAGCAAACGCUUGGAGGGAGCUACCAGCAUCUGAUAAACAACCUUACGAAGCAGCUGCCAAGGUUGACAGACAGGUUUACAAAGAACAAAUGGCCAAAUACAAGGCACAACUAACUCCUGCGCAGGAGGCAGCUUUAAAAGAGGAAAAGAGAAGGAAAAGGGAAAAAAGAAGAGUAUCAAGAAAAAAGAGGCAAUUAACAAUGCUGGGAAAACCUAAAAGACCUCGAAAUCCCUUCAACAUUUUUGUGGCUGAACAUUUCCAAGAGAGUAAAGGAAUCUCAACUCAGGGAAGGUUGAAAAACUUAUUUGAAGAAUGGCAAAAAACGAGCAGUUCUCAAAAGCAGACUUACCAGCAACUGGCUGAGGAUGAUAGGAUCCGUUAUGAAAAUGAAAUGAAGUCAUGGGAGGAGCAUAUGAUAGAAAUUGGACGUGAAGAUCUUGUACGUCAUAAAAUCAGAAGGAGAAUACCAAAAAGAAAGAAGACUGCAAAAAAUGUUGCUUCAAAAAAGAGCGCUACAGCAUUAAAGACUCCUUCAGGAAGCAAAGCUGCCUCUCAAGCAACAGAGGAAAAAACAGUAAAAGCAAGACAAUCUGAGGAAUAAGUUGGAAAAGAACAUGGAUUGCAUAUUUUCUGAUUGCACAUGGAAAGAAACUGAAGUGAAGUCUUAAGGUUAGACUUUUUUGGAAACUUUCAAGAAACUAGAAUAAAUCAAACUUGUGAGAAUUUAAGCAGUGAGUGAUCAUGAGAGAGGAGAUGCUUUUUCCAUAAAUGUGUAACUUAGCAUUCUCUUGUAAAUUAAGAUGUUUUCUUUUUUAAAACCAUGAUCUAUAUAAUUUCACAGUGUCUUGUCACUUACCAGAAAUUUAAAUUUAAUGUAGGCUGCAAAUUUAUUUAAUUUCACAGUGUCUUGUCACUUACCAGAAAUUUAAAUUUAAUGUAGGCUGCAAAUUUAUUUAGUCUGUAAAUAAUGCAUGUAAUCACUGGAAAAAGCAUGUAUAUUUGCUGAUUUCAGCCUUCUAAUUAAAAAAACCUACUGAACUUACAGAUUUUGAAUAGUGUUUUUCAGCUACGUUUUUGUUAUGUAUCUACCAACAAUGCAUACUUUAUUUGUAUUGCUUAGAAUAAAUAAAGUUGCAAGUUUUGUAUAAAA